AUGUCGAGCCUACAACGCCUCCAUGGCGAGUACGCUCGCGACUGCGUGCUCGGUGUUCUUGAACGCAGCUUCACCCUCGACAUCACCCGCGCAGGUUGUGAGUUCAAGGAGUCCAUCGCACCCCAGGCGACAAAAUUGACACACUCGACACACUCGACCAACUCGACAAAUUCGAGGGAGUCAACGAAUUCGAGGGAGUCGACAAAUUCGAGAGAGUCGACAGUGGAAGAGGAAGAGGACAUCAACAUUGGCAAAGAAAAAGGCCUUGAGGAUCCCAAACGCCUUGAGGAUCCCAAACGCCUGGAGGAGCCCAAACGCCUGGAGGAGCGAUUGAAGAAGUGGUACGACCACGGAAACGUCUCUGGCUUCGGCGACGUGCGUGAGCAAGUUACGAAGGUCGACGAAGACGUCCGCCGCGCCCGCGACAUCCCGUCCUCUGACUUCACCGUAGACGAGUGGCUCGUUCAGCGUGUCGCGGAGCUCUGGGGCGCCAACUUCUACACCGGCAAGUCUAACGGCGUUCGCGCCGAGCCCUACAAAAUCCAUCUCUACGGCCCAGGCGGGCACUUCAAAAACCAUCGCGACACCCCGGCGAAUGGCCUCGUGGGCACGUUCCUCGUCGGCUUAGGGGACACGACGAGCUACGACUACGAAGGCCUCAUCGUGAACGGCACCUCGACGAACGCCCUGCCCGGACACUGGGUCGCCUUCUACCCCGACGUCCCGCACAAAGUCGCGAAGAUCUCAAAGGGCUACCGCGCCGUCCUCGCGUUCAAAAUCUUCCGCACCGACGCUGUCGACCCCGCGCAGGUGGCGCGCACGCGGGAUGUGCGGCGCAAGGUCGCCGAGGUGGUGGCGCAGCUGCGCGCUCCGGUCGGGUUGCUGCUCGAGCGCAGGUACUGCCUCAACACGACGACCUUCUCCUCCUUCGACUCGGUCGUCGCCCAGGCUGCCAAAGCCCUCCCCGGCGUCACGGUGCAUCAGCUCCCGGUCGUGCUGCAUUCGGCCUCGUCCUGGACGCCGUACGUGGAGGGAUCGUGGUUCGAGGCGGAGUACAGCACCGCCGUGUACCCGUUCACGUCGGGGCACAUCGAAUACCUCGCAGACCUCUCCGCCACGCUGGGGCGAAACCGCUGGGACAAAGAACGGCCCUAUAUGCGGGGCAUCCAUACCGAGUGCGGAGCACCCUGGCUGGAAGGGGUCGAAGACGUCCCUUUCUUCGCGUUCAGCCUCGCCAGGUCCUUGGAGACCUACAGAAAUGAAGCGCACGAGGGUGCCGAGCACAUUGGGAACGAGUCGAUGCCGGAGAGGAGCGACAGCGUGUACCUAUCGUACGUGCUGCUCGUACUGCCGCUCGGCACCACCAGUGAGGUUUGA